UAGUUUGUUUGAAGUAACUGCCCUGUAUUCAAAAUCUAAGUACCGACACAGGAUUUGCGUAGAUCAAGAAAUUAAAGUAGCCUACCAAUUAUGCAAAAUAGCCCAAUUUAAAAAUAAUAACAGUGGAUGAUAAUUAGUGAUGUGACAAUGUGUUUUUCACUUUAAUGUUACUGUUGCCAAUUUGUAGUGUGUGAAGCAAUGUUUAAUUACUUUAUACAGCAUAUACUGUAGGUUAAACAAUAAUUAUACAUAUUCAUGUAUUAGUUGACUUAUAUUUAUAGCCCCAAACAUUGACAAACACAAACAAACAGCUUUGAAAAUGAUGUGUUUGAAUGUGGUGUCGUUUAACGGUAUAAGGCAGAGACAUCAAAGAGUAUUUAUUCUUAAUUUGCAGUUUGCUCACAAGGAUUUAUGAGGACAUCAUGAAUUUGUGAGAUGGACUUCCCCAACUAUGACAAACACUGACUGAAUUACACAUUUUCUUUCCAAAGCAAGUCAUGUGGUUUAAACAUCCUUCAACAACCCUUACUUCAAAUCAGAAUCAAAGUGCCAACUGAGUAUGACACUGCAUUUAGAGAUCUUUUGAUAUUAACAUUGGUGACAUUGGACAUUUCAAUUGGGGCAAUUUAAGUUUGCCAACUAAAUGUGCAUUUGUCAUGUGUUUCUCAUUGGAAAGCUGCUCUUAAACAUAGUAUUUAAUUGUCCAGGGACACGCACAGAAUAUAAUUAAACACUUAAUGAGAUGAAUGAGUUUCUUCAAAGAAAGAACGUUUUAAAUGACAUAAGGCCAACAUAGUUUUGUAAUUUUUAUUGAGGUAAUUGAUUGAAUUAAGUGUGCUCUCACGUGCCUUCCGUGGGUUGAAUGAUUGUGACGAAUCAGCGGAAGAGAUUAGGUUGUUGACAGGACCUUUUAAACGCUGAUUGGUUAAAAAUCUAAAUACUCAACAGGUCCCGCCUCUCCCCGGAAGCUGACAGUCACCUGACUUUUAUUUUUUCUCCGUGUUUCCUUGUUAGCCAGCUUCAGUAUUAGCCAACAAAACAACGGCCACACUGUCUUAUUCCAUUUCUAUUUCAUCCUAGUUUCUCUUUCUUGUCCUUCUCCAGGAGUUAAAACUUCUUAUUUACCUCCAACAUCAUGGACGAGACGAGUCCGCUCGUCUCUCCGCUCCGGGACUCGGGUGAUUUCAGCUACUGUCCCACAGAGCCCACCAGCCCCCGGGGCGCGUUUGGAAGCACCCCGGGCUCGGUGGUCCGUAUCCCGGCAGGCAGUCCGGGGCGCAGCCGGGAGAGACAGCCGCUCCUGGACCGGGGCAGCUCGCCGCGGGAGCCGCACAGGAACGAGUUCCCGGAGGAUCCCGAGUUCAGAGACAUCAUCCGAAAGGCCGAGCGAGCCAUCGAGGAGGGCAUCUACCCGGAGAGGAUCUACCAGGGAUCCAGUGGGAGCUACUUUGUCAAAGACUCACAGGGGAAAAUCAUUGGCGUGUUCAAACCUAAAAAUGAAGAGCCCUAUGGCCUGCUGAAUCCAAAGUGGACCAAGUGGCUCCAGAAACUGUGUUGUCCCUGCUGUUUUGGCCGUGACUGUUUGGUCCUGAACCAGGGUUACCUCUCGGAGGCCGGGGCCAGCCUUGUUGACCAGAAACUGGAACUCAACAUCGUUCCCAGGACCAAGGUGGUUUACUUGGCUAGUGAAACAUUCAACUACAGUGCCAUAGACAGGGUGAAGUCUAGAGGAAAGAGGCUAGCCCUGGAGAAGGUGCCUAAAAUGGGCCAGCGUUUCCACAGAAUUGGACUACCACCCAAGGUUGGCUCCUUCCAGCUCUUCGUCGAUGGAUACAAGGAUGCAGAUUUCUGGCUGCGGAGGUUUGAAGCGGAGCCUCUGCCUGAAAACACCAACCGUCAGCUGCAGCUGCAGUUUGAGCGCCUCGUAGUCCUCGAUUACAUCAUCAGAAACACAGACAGGGGAAAUGAUAACUGGUUGCUGAAGUAUGACUGUCCCAUGGACCCUGUUGGGAGUAAGGACACAGACUGGGUGGUAGUAAAGGAUCUCAUCAUCAAGCUGGCAGCUAUAGACAACGGCCUGGCCUUCCCCCUCAAACACCCGGACUCCUGGAGAGCCUACCCUUUCUACUGGGCGUGGCUAUCCCAAGCCAAAGUUCCUUUCUCCCAAGAAAUCAGAGAACUGGUCCUGCCCAAGCUCUCUGACCCAAAUUUCAUCAAAGACCUGGAAGAGGAUUUGUACGAACUUUUUAAGAAAGACCCUGGUUUCGACAGAGGACAGUUUCACAAACAAGUAGCUGUAAUGAGGGGGCAGAUCCUGAACCUGUGCCAAGCCCUGAAGGACGGUAAAACCCCCCUGCAGUUGGUCCAGAUGCCCCCAGUAAUCGUGGAAACAGCCAGAGCACCUCAAAGAGCCAACAGCGAGUCGUACACACAGAGUUUCCAGAGCAGAAGACCCUUCUUCACCUGGUGGUAAAAGUGAACAAGUGAAGAGGAAGGAGGAGGAACAGCAGGAAGCCGGAGCGAGGGAAGGAGCGAAAAAACUGUCAGACAAAAAUAAGAUCAUGAAAAUGAAAAUUAUUAUCGACCUCCCCUCCUCUGAUGAGUGAGUGGGUGGAGAGAGGAGGCCAAAAGAGGAAGAAUUUCACAACAUAUCUGUCCUGUUUGCCUUGUGCCUUGCGUGGAUGUCAAUGAAGGGUAACGCCUAAAUGAUAAAGAUUCUGUACAUUUCUGCAAGAAAAUUCCUAUUUUCAGUGCAGUGUCAGACUUUUCUUUUGGACUCCUGAGUAAGUGCACGUAAAGUUUGCCCACACGCGUGCACGCCAGUCAACAGCCUAUCAUGCUUUCUUUUUGGAUGGGAGGUGUUGCAUUCCAUGUUUGUUUUGUCUUCAUAUCUCUGCCUUUUUUAAUAUUCACCUGCAUAUUCCCUCCCACACAGUUAAAAGCCUGGGGCUGGCAAAAGCAGGGGUGAAUAUAUUUUUAACAAAUAAGAGAAGUGUUCAUUUUGGUGAAGUCUAAACGAUUAAGGAACUAGGCUUUCAGUUGUGUCUUUACACAAUGAACAAUCAUGGCCUCACAGUUACUCAUUGCACCUCCUAACUGUUCGGAUUGGGAUCUGCAAGUCAUCUUGGGUGAUAAGCAGAGGCCAUUUUGGUGAAAGACACAAACUGUUUGUUUAAGCUGAGAUAACUGUGACCUUCCUUCCUCCACUGAUGCGUGAAAUCAUUUGUGAAGAUGAGAAAAUGAUACCGUCUGGAAGAGGGGGGUGUGGAGGGGGGUCGGUGAUUCCCUGUCCACAAACUCCUUUAUUCUCUCACGGACAUGUUGAUUUUUGUUAAUCUUCUGGCUCUAAGAGUGGACCUCAACAACAUAGGUUACUUACUGCUGUACAGAACUGACAUGAAAUGUAUUGUGACAAUGCACUGUAUAAUUUGUAUGUAAUAUUUAAUGAUAGAUUAUAAUUAAACAUAUUCCGCUAAUACAGAUGACUUCUGUGUUUAUGGAUGAGAACAGUUUACAGUUUCGCAACUCAAAUAUGGAAAAUACAUCCAGACUUUAUUGUAUUCUGUUGAUACAUGAUAUGUUGAUAUUACACUGGAAAGUAU